CAUCCCACCAGAAGCUGUGAAUGGUAGACAGCUCCUCGUACGCUUUUCCGCCCCACUGGUUGGAGGCUGAGGAGAGCGCACGGCUACAGCCAGAGAUCCUCUGUUGUCACGUUAAAAAAAAAGAAAGAAAAAACAAAAAGAAAAAAAAGAAAAACUGGAGGACAAGUGGAGAUUUUUCAGUAAAAGGAACAAGCACAAAAGCACACAUGAUUUUUUUUCUUUUUUUUUCCUUUUUGGAACAACUCAUAGGAUUGUCUGUGCGCGCUGAAGUGACCAUGGCGCAUUUUACGCACUGCAGAUAACCGCUCUUUUUGGAGGCUACAACAAACACAACAUGGAUUAAACUGUAAGCAUUGUUCCAUUUACUCCAGCUGAGCUGAAAUGGCGGCACUUCGUAGAAAAUUUGGAGAGGACUACCAGGUGGUUAACACAAAUCGGGCCAGCACUUUUUCAGCUCCGGUCAAGAAGAAACGCCAACGCUUCGUGGAGAAGAACGGGCGCUGCAACGUUCAGCACGGAAACCUCGGCGGGGAGACCAGCAGGUACCUCUCUGACCUGUUCACCACUUUGGUGGACCUGAAGUGGCGAUGGAACUUACUCAUCUUCAUCCUAACUUACACCAUCGCGUGGCUGGUCAUGGCAUCCAUGUGGUGGAUCAUUGCUUACAUUAGGGGAGAUCUUAAUCACGGUCAUGACUCGUCCUACACCCCCUGCGUGGCCAAUGUUUACAACUUCCCCUCAGCUUUCCUGUUUUUCAUUGAGACUGAAGCCACGAUCGGUUACGGCUACCGGUACAUUACAGAGAAGUGUCCGGAGGGCAUCAUCCUGUUCUUGUUCCAGUCGCUGCUGGGCUCCAUUGUGGACGCGUUCCUCAUCGGUUGUAUGUUCAUAAAAAUGUCCCAACCUAAGAAACGCGCAGAGACGCUCAUGUUCAGCCAGGACGCAGUGAUUUCACAGCGAGACGGCAAACUGUGCCUCAUGUUCCGCGUGGGCAACCUGCGGAACAGCCACAUGGUGUCCGCACAGAUCAGGUGCAAGCUCAUAAAGUCUCGUCAGACCCCCGAGGGCGAGUUCCUGCCUCUGGACCAGUGUGAGCUGGAUGUUGGUUUUGGGACGGGUGCAGACCAGCUUUUCCUGGUGUCCCCUCUCACCAUUUGCCAUGAAAUAAAUCCCAAAAGCCCCUUUUUCGACUUAUCGCAGCGCUCUCUCAUGAAUGAACAGUUUGAGAUUGUCGUUAUACUGGAGGGCAUCGUGGAGACCACUGGUAUGACAUGCCAGGCACGGACAUCAUACACCGAGGAUGAGGUGUUAUGGGGCCAUCGUUUUCUGCCAGUGAUGUCUCUGGAGGAAGGCUUUUUCAGGGUGGACUACUCUCAGUUCCACAGCACAUUUGAGGUGCCAACACCACCAUAUAGUGUCAAAGAGCAUGAGGAGAAGAAUUCACUGCCCUCCCCUCUGUCCACUCCCACCCCCGCACUAACUGAGAGCCACGGUGCCCGACGUGACCGGGUGUUUUCUGUGGAUUGCAUCAACACAACAGAGGAAAGGGGCCAUCAGGGAGGGACUGGAGGCCGUCUGCCGAGCAAGCUGCAGAGGAUGAGUUCAUCCGGAAAAGAGGACCUACAGAGGAAGGUGCUUUUGCUCAGCUCCCAGCACUCAGAGAAAGCCUGCAGCACGGGGGACCUCCCCAUGAAACUGCAGCGCCUCAGCUCCUCAAGCAGUCCGGUGGCACAGGAUCGGCUGCAACUCAAGUCCCUGAAGGUGGGCUUUGAGCCCAUGACCCAGUCCACUGGAGAUCUGUACCAACGCAGCCCCCCAACCUCUCUGGCGCCUGCUCCAGUCCCAAUGCACAGCCCUCUUCUGUCAGCUGGUGCGAGGCUGGAGGACAACCUGCCACCUAAACUACGGAAGAUGAAUGCAGACCGCUAAAACCAAACCACAUAGCAGACGAACAAGAGGACUCGCACAUAGAACCAGAAUCGGAGACGUAGGAGGCUUUCACAUGGGGGGCAUAAAAAGACAGAAAAGAGAGGCUUACUGACAAUUAAUCUUCUCUAAUUUCUUUUCUUGACAAAAACAACCUUUACUGGAAUUACUGUGAUUUUGUUUAAUAGCAGAAGCAUUCAUGCAGACUUGUGUUACACCCAAAGACUCAAGAAAACAAAAAACUUCAUGCAUACUGCAAACUUUCAUCACACUAUCAUUCUGCCAGACUUGUGCAUGUCUUCACUAUUGUUUAACUUAAGCAGCACUAUACUUAAUAUUCAAUCUUAGUUUUAAUCAAAUAUAACUUAUACAAAGAUGAUAAUAAAUGCUCUUUAAUCUUUA